AUGGUUGAUCUGGUGGUGGCAGCUGCAGCGGUGCUACAUAUCAUGCAAAAAUUUCCAUGUCAGCAGUCUGCCCCCUCUCCUCCAUUUCCCCAGUAUCAAGAGAUUUGCGGCAGUUUUCAAGUCUGGCGGACCAUGAUUGAAAAACACUGCCGGGAAAUCAACUUACGAGACAGUCCAAGCACCUCCGGCGACGGUCUUGCGGCAGGAACGGCACUCCCAGAUACCAACAGCAGUGCGCUUAACGCUGUUCUUGCCGCAGAAUGUGCAGAUGUAACGGGCGUGCUGGGUGACUUCCAUCUUCUUCACCUGCUUUCGGAGCGAGGCACCGUAUCUAUCAUUUCACCCAGGUUAACCUUCGAUCUCCUUCCAUCUUCUUCGUUCGAGCAGUAG